AUGAUUGAACAAAAAGCAUCUCAAUUGACCACUUCAAUUAGUAAUGUCCCAUGGCAAACAGAUGAUGUAGCAAGACUUAAAUCACGAGAACUGCUGGUAAAUGCAUUGUCGGUCACUGGAAUUCCUGAAGGUUCGGGUGAUGUAGUAGAAUUAUCUGCUCGCAUCGAAGAUGCUAUCUUCAAAGAUGUUAAAGAUACUACAGUUAAGUAUGGGCGUCGUAUUCGUAGUCGGAUAUUCAAUUUACGAGAUUUGAAUAAUCCUGAUCUUCGUACUAAAGUACUUCUCGGUAGUAUUACACCCGAACGAUUGGCUGUGAUGACUACAAAAGAAAUGGCAAGUGAUACUUUGAAGAAAGAAUGUGCCAAAUUUCAAGAACUAGCUCAUCGUGAAAGUCUAUUGGCAAUUGAUGAAGGUAUUGGCACUGAUCUGAUUCAAUGCGAAAAUUAUCAUGCUGCUCCAUUAUGGGGACACUUUUCUUGCCAUACAAUUCGACCUAUGGAUACGAAUUAUAUAACAGAUUUUGUUAAUUAUUGGUUUGUUCGUGUUCAUCAACAUAUAAUUGAUACGUUAAAUCUUCCAUUGAUUAAUCAAGGAGAAAAUCAUAGUGAAGCACUUAAAAAAGAAUUGGAAACAACUAAAAAUGCUGUUCUGCUUGAAAUGGCUACGAAUUCUGAUUUGCUAUCAUUAAUUUUCACCAUAGGUUUUAGACAAUUAGAAGGUUUACCAUUACCUAGUCAAUGUUUUUUUCAAUAUGAAUCAAUUGUCAAAGCCGUGCUAAAUUUGUGGUACACUGAAAAUGAAUAUGAUUCUCUAUUACCACUUGGUGCUUAUAUAUUAAUUAAUUUUGUCGAUAAUUUUGUUAAUUAUCCUUCGAAUGACGUUUUAUUCAAUGCUUUGGAUCGUUUAAUAAUUGCAGCUGGUCAACAUAGAUGGUCAAUUGUUUGUUCAUUUUUAUUCGAUCAAAUAAUAAAUACAUUGAGAAAAUUUCGUCAUAAUGUUGUUUCAUUACGGAUUAAUAAUUUCUUAUCUGAAUCUUCUGAACAUGAUAUUCAAACAAUAACACCUCUUUGUUAUUUUCUUGAAGGAAAACCUCAUGAACUUGAAAAUAUUCAAUGGUUAGAUUAA